GAGAAAGUACCUUCACAUCUGUUGUCGUUUUGGCGGGUUUUCUUUAUUUUCUGCAAGCUGGACGGUUAAAGACGACUUAAGAACGAUGGCGGAAAGUGCUGAAGCUGACUCAGAAGCAGACAUGGACUCAGACUACGAACCACCACCAUGGAAGUCAUACCUGUACCAGCUCCAACAGCAGGCCCCCCAGCCUAGGAGGAUAGUCUGUACCAUGGAGGUUGGAAACAAACCAAAAUACUAUGGAAGAGAGUUCCACGGGAUGAUCUCCCGUGAGGAGACGGAUGCGUUGCUAGGCGAUGUGGAGGGGAGUUACCUUAUAAGGGAAAGUCAGCGGCAGCCUGGCAGCUACACACUGGCUAUCAGGUUUGGAGGGACCACCAAGAAUUUCCGGCUGUAUUACGACGGCAAACAUUUCGUCGCGGACAAGCGUUUUGACACGAUACAGAACCUUGUCGCUGACGGCCUCAUCACCAUGUACAUCGAAGCCAAGGCGGAAGAAUACAUCAAGCGGAUGACCGGCGAGCCGAUUUACGAACCCUGCGGCUACCUAUCGCUACGGAAACGGACGUCCCGCGUCGUGACAACGUUCUCCAGAACGGUAACUACGGCGACCAUCGAUGAGGUGGACAACUUCUCUUCCAUUUCUUCCUCGACGUCACAAAGUUCGGACAACUCUUCGCUGGACCUAGCUCUCUCACCAAGCAAACGGGCCAGCAUCGAAGCAUCGUCUUACGAAAAGCCUCAUAACUUCAAGGUGAACACGUUCCGAGGCCCCCACUGGUGCGAGUACUGUGCUAACUUCAUGUGGGGACUGGUGGCUCAGGGGGUCAAAUGUGCAGAUUGUGGCCUGGCCACGCAUAAGCAGUGUUCGAAGGUUGUGCCGAAUGACUGCCAACCUCACAUGAAGUACAUCAAGAAGGUUUAUGGCAUUGACCUGACGACAAUCGUCAAGGCACACAACACAACCCGGCCUGUCGUCGUCGACAACUGUGUCCAGGAGAUCGAGAGAAGAAAAGACGGUUUGUUGUCUGAAGGACUUUACAGAGUUUCUGGCUUUAAUGAUGACAUAGAAGAAGUCAAACUGUCAUUUGACAAAGAUGGAGCUCAGGCUGACAUUUCAGAGUCUACAUACGAAGACAUCAACACGAUAGCGGGCGCGCUGAAGCUCUACUUCCGCAUGUUACCCAUUCCACUCAUCACCUUCGACGUCUACCCAAAGUUCAUAGAGGCAGCCAAGAUUCCUGAUGAUAAGGACUGUCUGAGAAAGAUCCACGAGACGUUAGACGAUCUGCCGCCAGCUCACUUCCAAACUCUCAGCUUCCUCAUGGCUCAUCUACACAAAGUUGCUAAAUGCGACAAGUUUAAUCUGAUGACAGCAGAGAACCUCGGGAUGGUCUGGGGACCGACGCUGAUGCGACUCGCAGACACGAACUCGCUCGCCGGACUCACCGACCUGAAGUUCCAGAGGAGGGCUGUGGAACUCAUGAUCAAAUUUCAGGACGCUCUCUUCAACUAGCAAUACUUGUGUUUCAUUGGCCAGUACUGAGCCAUGUGACUGUGUUUCAUUGGUUGCCAAAAAUUGUUUCUGCUUCUGAUUGGCUAGUACCUAAUCAUGUGACUCGAAAGUUAAAUCUGAUUGGCCAGUUCUUAGCUGACACAAACUCGCUCGCCGGACUGACCGACCUGAAGUUCCAGAGGAGGGCAGUCGAACUCAUGAUCAAGUUUCAGGAUGCUCUCUUCAACUAGCAAUACUUGUGUUUCAUUGGCUAGUACUUUGUCAUGUGACUAUAGCUUCAGGCUGUGAUUGGCUAGUAUCAUGUGACUCAUAACUCAAAUCUUAUUGGCCAGUUUUUAGCUCGAAUCGUGGACACAAACUCAUCAUCAAGUUUCAGGAUGCUCUCUUCAACUAGCAAUACUUGUGUUUCAUUGGCUAAUACUGAGCCAUGUGACUGUUUCAUUGGUUGACAAAAAUAGCCUCGGGCUCUGAUUGGAUACUCAUCAUCAGGCUCCAUAAUACUGAAAUCUGAUUGGCCAGUAUUUGGUCAAUGACAUGGUUGUCUUUCAUUUGUGUUUCAUUUUUUGCCAAAAAUUGUUUCUCUGCUUCUGAUUGGCUAGUACCUAAUCAUGUGACUCAAAACUCAAAUCUGAUUGGCCAGUGCUUAGACUGUGUUGUAUUGGUUGACAGAAAUAGUUUCAAGUUCUGAUUGGCUACUAUCUAAUCAUGUAACAAUGACUCAGAACUGAUUGGCCAGUACUUAGACACCAUUUCAUUGGUUGCCAAAUGUAGGUUUAGGCUCUGAAUAACUUGUACCAACAACUGUAGUCAUGUGACUCAAAACUCAAAUCUGAUUGGCCAAUACUAAGUCAUGUGACAGUGUUUCAUUGACAACUUGAUUGCAAAGUCUUGUACCUGAUUUGCCAGUAUUCUAAUAACUGAUUCAUAGACAGAACUUGUAUCUGAGUGGCCAGUACUUCAUUUUGUAAAUAAGCUAGAUUGG